CACUUUCAAAAAAUUCCUUCCUUUUUCUAUAUGGCACGAAGUUUCGACUAUGGCUUUGUUUUUUGGUGUAUAGGGGUGUUGUGUUUUAGCUUGGGCUUCUUCGUUUUGAUGCCGGUCAUGUUAUCUCUAUACUCAUCACCUUCUAGUCCCUCGUUUUCAAUCAAUCUAUUUGAUGAUCAAGCCGUCAACAUGACAACUCCCACCAGCUUCAUUGCUAUCCACUUUGAUCUCAAGCUGAAAAACACAAACUCUGCAAUUGGUCUUCAUUACCCAGAUCAACUCAACAUCACAUUUUCUUACUUCCCAAAUGUAUCCAUGAUUGUUAGUUUAGCAGAAUACAAGUUGGAUAGUUUCUAUCAGGGUAAUGGAAAGGGUAGACGCGUAAGAGACGUAGUGGAAACAAGCAGCUUCCCCAGAGUUUUGGAAGGAACAGAUUUUAUAGCUUUCCGAGUGGAUUUGGUGGCAUCGUAUAAGUAUAAAUUGGCUGGAAGCAAGAGGCAUAGGGUGGAGUUGGGAUGUGUUGUGGGGGUAAAUGUUACCAACGGCACAAAAAUGCAAAUGGGGUUUAUUCGAUUGGUAGAGCCAGGUCUUGAUUCCAAACUGAAGAAAUUAGUAGAAGAAUAUGAUAGUUAUUGAUCAUCGGUGAACUUAAUGUACAUGUAACUAAUUGAAGAUAUCCCAAAGAUCUCCCUGUACGCGAUUUCAUUUCCUAAUUAGAAGAAUAGCAUUAGUAAAUCCUGUUAUUACAUAAUUUGAAGAUUCAAAAUGUUAAUUAAAGACGACUAA